AUGGCAGCGAAUACGGCAAAGAAGAACGAGGACGUUGGCAAUAAGGUUGUUGGUGCGUUAGAUGCACUUACCUUGACGUCGGGACGAGAUGAGGGAGCAGGCAUGGACGUUGAUGUUGACAUGCAGGAGACUGUUGGCUCUGACUUUAUGGAUGCCCAUGCAGCCAGAGGAAAGAUGAAGGAGUAUUCGAUGCAACUGGCGACGUUGACGAGACAGAAGAUGCAGUUAGCCGCGCGCAUCCAAGGGUUGAGCCAAGAGGAGGGCGACCAGGAGCGACCAAAGUUGGCGGAACUGACACGUCAGAUCGCUGAGGCCAAGACCGCGAUGAACGAGUGGAAUGUCAUGCUGGAUGACCUAGAGAGUGCUGAGAGGUCCAUGGGGAGGACGGCAUUCUCUAGUGUUGUGACCAGAGAGGAGAAUGAGGAGUUGGGGGUUAAGAAGGGUGGAAAGAUUGACGAGAUCAAGUUGUCGAAUGAGUUUCCGCGUUACCAUCGGUUGGUCGAGGCUCAUCUGCUUCCUGUUCUUGACAUCAAGAUCCACGGUCCCUUGAUUACCAACGUCCGAGAGUUCCUGUACGAAUUCCAUAGAAUAGGAGUAACAAAGUUCACGACGGGCGGGUUCGAUGAGAGAUGUUCAAGGUUGUUGUGCUUGGCGAAUAUGGAUCGCAAAGCGUCUGAUGCCAUGAAUGCAGUCUUGAGUCGUGACCCUGAAGGAAAGUGGCCGUGGGCGAGAUGCGAGAAAGUGUUUGUGGAGAGUGCUAUGACGCAGACUGAGAGAACAGAUGAGGUUGAGAAGGUGAUCAAGAUGGGAUUAGAACGAGGUGAAUCGUACAAGCAGUACUACCAUCGGAUGAAGAGGUUGAUGGAUGCGAAAAAGAUAUUCUAA